AUGGACAUGACCACCGUGGGCGCCACCACCAUCACCACUGUGGACUGCCACAAACAAGUGCGCUCAUGGAGGCUCCUACGUUCUCUGCUCCAACUCCUAAUCCCCACCUGCAGCUGCACCUUCCUAGAACACGACGACCGCCAUGAUCUCAAACCCCACAACUACAUUCACCUCCCUCUCCUCACCUCCACCAUCACCGGCACCAUAUUCGGAUAUCGGAGAGGCAAAGUCAAAUUCUGCAUUCAGCUCAACCCCCAAUCUCCGAAUCAAGUUCUACUCCUCGAAUUACCAGUCACAACGAAGACUUUGGCCAGAGAAAUGAGAGGAGGAACACUGAGAAUGGCUCUAGAGAGCGCCACGCCUGCAUCUUACCGCAACCUUUUGUCGACGCCGUUGUGGGGCGUUCACUGCAACGGCAAGAAGAUGGGUUAUGCUGUUAAACGCACGCCUUCAAAUAGCGAUUUAGAAGCUUUGAGCGUGAUGCGUUCUGUAGUUGUGGGUGCUGGUACCAUAAAACAGAAUGAGCUCAUGUACCUCAGAGCCAAGUUUCGACGAGUUCGAGGUUCCUCUAACUCUGAAUCUUUCCACUUAAUUGAUCCCGAAGGAAGCACUACUGGUCAAGAGCUUAGUGUUUUCUUUUUUCGCUCUAGGUGA